CUGGGUUCCUAUACGCCCUUGCUUUAAAAGUUCUCUUAAUAUCUUCUUCCACCACAUCCAAGACAGUUUUCACUUGAAAGACUACGGUAUUCUGUUGGACCAUGUGUGGAAUAUUUGCCUACCUGAACUACAGAGUGCCACGGACAAGGAAGGAGAUAUUUGACACACUGGUAAAGGGACUGCAGAGACUUGAGUACAGGGGAUAUGACUCGGCAGGUGUCGGAGUGGAUGGCCCUAGGAAAAAUGAUAACGGUGACAACGUCAACAUUUGCCUGAUCAAGAAGAGGGGGAAGGUCAAGGCUCUGGAAGAGGAGCUCUACAAGAACGACUCCAUUGACCUGGACAUUGAGCUGGACACACACUUUGGCAUUGCUCACACCCGCUGGGCGACACAUGGAGAGCCCAACGCUGUCAACUGCCAUCCACACCGCUCUGACAAGAACAACGAAUUUGUUGUGAUCCACAAUGGCAUCAUCACUAACUACAAGGAGCUCAGGAAGUACCUGAACUCCAAGGGCUACAAGUUUGAGUCGGAGACGGACACCGAGGUCAUCCCCAAGCUGAUUAAAUACGUCUAUGACAACAGCGAGAACGAUUACGUGUCCUUCUCCACCCUGGUGGAGCGCGUCAUUCAGCAGCUGGAAGGUGCUUUUGCUCUUGUUUUCAAAAGCAUCCACUUCCCGGGGGAAGCUAUAGCCACCAGGAGAGGAAGUCCUCUGCUUAUCGGCGUGAGGAGCAAGUACGAGCUGUCUAUGGAACAUAUCCCUAUUCAGUACAACAGUACUGGGCACUUUAUAGAAGGCAUCCAGCAGAGGAAUUUCAGGAACAGGGUGGACAGCACCGUAGCCUUGCACUCAGUCAGUGACAGGAAGGCAGUGGAGUUCUACUUUGCUUCUGAUGCCAGUGCCAUCAUUGAACACACCAACAAGGUGAUCUACCUGCAGGAUGAUGACAUAGCAGCGGUGGCCGAGGGCAAGCUGUCCCUGCACCGUAUGAGCCGCUGUGCCGGGGAGGACCCUAACAGGGCCAUCCAGACCCUACAGAUGGAGCUGCAGCAGAUCAUGAAAGGGAACUUCAAGGCCUUCAUGCAGAAGGAGAUCUUUGAGCAGCCAGAGUCUGUCUUCAACACCAUGAGAGGAAGGAUCUGUUUUGACACCAAUACAGUGGUGCUGGGGGGCCUGAAAGACCAUCUGAAGGAGAUCAGGCGCUGCAGACGCCUCAUCCUGAUUGGCUGUGGGACCAGUUUCCAUGCUGGAGUGGCGACCAGACAGAUUCUGGAGGAGCUGACUGAACUGCCUGUGAUGGUGGAACUGGCCUCUGACUUCCUGGACCGCAUCACUCCUGUCUUUAGAGAUGACGUCUGCUUCUUCAUCAGCCAGUCUGGUGAGACAGCAGACACCCUGAUGGCGCUGCGUUACUGUCAGGGCCGCGGGGCUCUGACGGUGGGCGUCACCAACACAGUGGGCAGCUCCAUCUCCAGGGAGACAGACUGUGGCGUUCACAUCAACGCCGGCCCUGAGAUCGGCGUGGCCAGCACCAAGGCGUACACUAGUCAGUUUGUGGCCCUCACCAUGUUUGGUCUGAUGAUGAGUGAGGACAGGAUCUCCCUGCAGAAGAGGAGACUGGAGAUCAUCAAUGGCAUGAGGAUGCUGCCAGGGUUGAUUAAGGAGGUUCUGACUCUGGACGACCAGAUCAGAAGCAUUGCAAACGAGCUGUACCAGCAGAGGUCCCUGCUGGUUAUGGGCCGGGGAUACAACUAUGCCACUUGUAUGGAAGGGGCACUGAAAAUCAAAGAGAUCACGUACAUGCACUCAGAGGGCAUCCUGGCUGGGGAGCUGAAGCACGGUCCCCUGGCUCUCAUUGACAAACACAUGCCUGUCAUCAUGAUCAUCAUGAAAGACGCCUGCUACACCAAGUGUCACAACGCUCUGCAGCAGGUCACUGCACGCCAGGGGCGGCCCAUUAUCCUGUGUUGCCAGGACGACCCUGAGAUCACUAAGAAUGCUUACAAGACCAUUGAGUUGCCACAGACAGUGGACUGCCUUCAGGGCAUCCUCAGUGUCAUACCUCUCCAGCUCAUGUCCUUCCACUUGGCUGUGCUUCGAGGAUACGAUGUGGACUGCCCCAGGAACCUAGCCAAGUCUGUGACAGUGGAGUAACUACUGCAACUACUAGUUUCAAACCAGUCAAAAUACCGUAGUGCAGUCACACGUCUUUCUCUGUACUGUGUGUGUGUCUGUGUGUUGGCAGGUACUGAAUUUGUACUUUUCGCGCCGUAUUUAUCAGGGUUGGGGUCAAUUUGAAUUGAAGGCAGUCAACUGAAAUUCCAAUUAAAUGAGAGAAAAUGUUGCAUCUAUUUUCAAUGACUUUUCAAUCAACUUAAAAGGAAGAGCUAUUUAUGUCAAAAGUUUUAACAUUUGGGGAUUUUAAAUUCAAAUCCUGAAUUUACUGACUUCAAUUUGAAUUGACCCCAACCCUGGUAUUUAUGAUAGAUGUUAAACUCUGAAGAUGAAAUUUGUCGUGACUAAAGUGGUAUGUUGGAGUUCUAUCAGUGAGUUAAAUUCAAUGACGUUUACUCAAUAAGUGCCUUGUGAAUGUUUUUUUUUUUUUUUUUUUUUUUUAUAUACAUAAGGAAGGGACAUCUAUAUUAUAUUCUGUUUACUGCUCUGCACUGAACCAAAGGAACAAUGUCAGAGCCUAUUGUUAACAUUUUGUCUAGAAAUGUUUAUAGUUGUGCAAUAUGUAGACUGACAGGGACUUGGUGUUUGUUUGUGAUAGCGCCCACAUCAUUUUAAUUUGCAUGAAGCUUACUAUACCUUUUUAAACAGUGAAGGAACAAUGACUCUUAACAUUACAGAAGGUAGAGAGAUAAUACACAGACUGCUGUUGGCUACAUGGACAAGUUGUCAUUAGAAGUUCUCUUUACAACGGGAAAAUAUCUGAGUACUUUUGAGGCUGUUACUGUAUAACACCCUUAUCAUAUGCAAACUAUGUUAGACCAAUCACUUGGACAUGUACAUUGCAAUAUAUUUUUUAAAAUUGUAGAUAUUUAUUGUAUUUUAUAUCUGAUUAUUUAGGUGAAGUCUUACUUGUCUAAUUUUGAAUAGGCCAGAAUCUGUCCCCUAAUCUUUCGCUAUGUAUAUUACUUUUUUAAAUACAAUUAUUUUUUACCCUU